GCCUUGGCAACCAAACGCCUGGCAUCAACAAGUAGGCUUCGAUCAACCCUGGUUCAUCCAUCACUUUGCAACAUCCACUCUAACAACGACGAUUUCACCUCAGCAAUCUUCCACAUUAACUGUUAGUUAAUACCACUACGUAUCCAAUCUCUUAUUUUAUUUAUCUUGUUCCUUUUUGAUAUUGCAUUCCUUUCAUCUACAGCUUGGUAUUGAUUGCUUGCUGCCUGCCGUAUGCCGAAUUUACAGAACCAAGCUUCAUGCUAUCAGCCACGAAACUAUCGAGGCUCUGCCAAUUUCUACCGAUAUACUGCAUCCAGAUUUCCUCAAUACCGUAUAAUUAGUCCUCAAUAUGCCCCCUAGAACCGCAGCAGUUCCCACCCCAGCUAGCCCUCCAAAACGAAUGACUCGCUCGAGGUCAGCUCGAAAUAUGGGGAUUUCUGAGGCGCCAGUCACAACAGUACGAAAAGAGAAAACGACAGCCGAAAAAACAGCUGCCCCAGCAAGAGGGAGGCCGAGAACCAAGACAGCGGAUGCCCCCACCGCGACGAAGCCAGCCACGAGGAGAAAGGUUGCCAGUGCGGCAUCCAAUACGGACGGAGUCGACUUGAAGAAACAGCCAGUCAAACGAGGAAGAAAGAGAGUGCAGGAAGAGGUCCAAGAUACCAGUGCUAUUGAUGGUGACACUAGCGAUGAUGAGAUGGACAUUGUGACCGUGAAGGCAACGCCGAAAACGGCGCCUUCGAGCAAAACAGCGUCUGCCUCAAAAGCUUCAAUUGGGAAGGCUAGGAAAGCUGCACCAGCUCUUACAAGGAAAGAUCAAGAGGAGGAUAUCAAUGUCAAGGAUGAUGAUGACGAUGACGACGAGCUGGCACAUCCAGAACUACCGAAACGAGCGCCAGGAAGGCGAAAAGCUACAUCCACCAGCAGGAAAAGUAAACCUGCAGCCACCCAGAGCUCCGAGAAAGCCUCAGUAGGACGACCGAGAAAAGCAGCUACGGUGACGGUAGACGAUGGCAAGAAGGGAACAAGCAAGACAAUACAUAUUUCAGCUGCGUCCCUGGCCGCUUCGUCCGCUACCUCCAGAGCUCGAAUAGCAGCGAGCACAGUCCCAAGGAGGAUAGUUACUUUCCUUGACAUGGCCACAGACUCAGACAAAGAAAACCAGCCAAUCCCUUCGUCGACGACCAGUGAGCCGAAACAGAAAAUUAAGAUUGGCAUCAAGGCUAAACCCGUUCGAAAAACCACUCCGGCAUCUGACGAACGGAAUUCUGCCGUUCAUACAAGAGAGGACAGAAAAAAGGACCCUCUCUCCCCGAAAAAAACCACCCAGGUUGCCAGAUCCGGCUCCUCUGCUAGUUCGGCGGAUGAUGCUGAAUAUCUUGAUUUAGGCUGGCCUCUACCGCGGAUUUCGUGUCACAACGGAUCUCCAACAAAGCGAGAUCCACAGAGGCAGUUCGAUUCUCCUGCUAAAAGAAUGAAUUUUGUAUCUCCCAGAAAACAAUCCUCACAAGUUCCUCUGUUGCCGCAGGGAACUCAAAAUGAACAACCUUUGUUCGCCUUUUCCAUUCAAGACACAAUUUCAGCCGAUUCGGUAAUGUUAUCCUCGCCGGCAAGAAAGCUUCCCCCAUCCCCAUUUAAGGAAUCAAUGAGCGAUUCACCUCGACGUGCCCCAUUCCAGCCUGCGGCAUUGCCGUCUUGUGCCGAAGCAGUCGAUAACGGAGAGUAUUCUCCGUUGAAAAUCUCACCAAAGAAGGGCAAUCUUGGUUCAUCCUUCCCCCAUUCACCAUUCAAGUCCACAUCAACUCCAUCCAAAGGCAAACCGACCUUAUUACAAAGCCCAGCGAAACGACCACCCUUACCAGUUAAGUUUCUGAGUGGCAGCAUAAGCGGAGAGACGCCAACUUCGGAAUCUAUAACUUCUGUACGAAGUGAAGAGACCUCUCCAUACCAUAUCAAGACAUCUGUGCCACUGGAGAAAUCCUCCACCCAGCUAUUUGAUCACGCUGCCACAGAAGACCUCAAGAACGAUGAUGUCUUUACCGAUUGCACCUUUGCUUUUGGAAAGAGAGUUCUUGAAGCCAGACACUCAUUGGGGGUACCUAGUGAAGUUGUGGCUCGUCCAAUUUUGGAGGAGGCCAGUGAUGAGUCCCAUGUGACGGCUCGAGCACAGGAGCUGGAUGACCCAUUUGUUAUUACAGAACUCACAUCAACAUCUUCUACCCCAGUGAGUAGGUAUGAGAUUUGUAACCCAGAUUCAAGUGUCGAGUCUGGAAGAAGUUACAAUUGCAUUCCACCGGCUGCGCCCUCCCCACCAGUAUUCAUAGCGAAAAGCCCCGCUCAGUUCGUAUAUCGUCACGACAUAGCUGAGGAAUCGGAAGAUGAACUCAUGGGAGGUGCUAGCCCAUUGAAACUGAACAAUUUUCAAUCACGACGCGAAACUCUUUUUGGUACCACUGGUGAAUAUGAUUUAAGAAUCACAGACGAAGGCUCUGAAGAGAAAUUGGGAUUUACUCCCUUGGUCGAACGACUGAGCCAGUGGGGCUCCAUCACUCGCGUAACGCGACGCUCCUCCAGGAUUCAAGGGACAGGAGUAUUUUCACCAGUGAAGCCAAGUGAGGCCGUUAAGCAGGAGGAUGGUGAGAGACACGACGGAGUUGAGAACGUGCCCCAGCAUCUCGUGUUUAGGCUCUCUACUCCUUCCGGCUUUGCAAUAACUGCUUUCUUUGAAGACCAAAUGGCUGUGCACCACCAUGAAAGCAUUGAUAGAGCUAUCACGGCUGCCGAUUUAAACAGUGACGUGUCCAGAGAGAACAGUGAGAGCACAAUGGGUCAGCUGCUUGACGACGAUGACAUGCAUAUAACGCCAGAAAUACGCGAAGAUGAAGAAGGCGAUGACGAAGUUUACGGUGAUGAGAACGCCGCGCCUUCCGAGUCCACCGUUCCAAUCGAUCCCCGACUCAUCGACCAGGAUGUAAGCCAUGGUGAACAUCUGGAUCGAGUCGAGAAGGGGAACUCAGUCCCACUUCCCAUGUCUGUCACUCCAGUUCGCUCCCGCGUGUUUCCUCGUACGAUACAUACGGUCUCGAAAGUCCCGCUGAGACCUGAUGGCGACUGUUCUGUGCUUAAAGUUCCCCGCAAAAGGAGUCGUUCCCUUUCUUCUUCGCCUAGAAAGAAUUCCACUUUACAAUUGGGAAAGAGUAAAGUUCUACCAUCGCUUUCCCCACGCAAAGGAAGGACAAGUCUAAAACCAAAUGGUGGCGACAUUUCCGAAUGCGAAGCCGAAUCGGAGCAACCAGAUGCAACCCCAGUUAAAUAUAACACAUCACCAUGGCCUCAAUCUUCUGGGGGUUGCGCGACAAGGUCUCCGAGCAAACACAAUUCCACCAAUGAUAAAGUCCUACAAGGGGCCGUUGUUUUUACAGACGUGCACACUGCCGAAGGGGCUGACGCGAGCGGAAUAUUUGUUGAACUUCUUAUCCAAAUGGGGGCCAGAUGUGUCAAGUCGUGGUCCUGGAAUCCACAAGCAAGCCUAUCUCCCGUGGACGGUGUCGAUCCCAGGGAGGGAAAAGUAGGCAUUACACAUGUUGUCUUCAAGGACGGCGGAGUCAGAACAUUAGAAAAGGUUAGGGAAGCUAACGGACUUGUGAAAUGUGUUGGAGUUGGCUGGGUUCUUGAUUGUGAGCGCAAAGGCAAAUGGCUCGAUGAGAUCAAUUACAGCGUGGAUGUGAGUUUAGUACCUCGCGGUGGCCAGAAGCGCAGAAAGAGCAUGGAGCCAAGAGCACUCAGCAAUAUGAACGGGAGUAUUAUCAAGCUUGACUCGUCCACAUCUUCCAACAGUGGAAAACGCAAUGGAGCCAAUCGCGAAACAUUCCACGAGUUGAUGCGCGUCUCUCCAACACCCUCGUCAUCAAGACGGGAGACGAGGGAAUGGGGGAGCCCAGAGUUACAACAACAGCAGCACUUUGCUACUCGAUCAACACCCACAAAUCCCUCCCGGUCCACAGCUCUGUCCCCAACUUCUGCAGCAGAGACACCCACCACUCCUGAUUUCAACUACGCCUUUGAUUUUGAUGGUGUCUCUGCGCCGUCACCUAUCACUCCAUACUACCCAUCGCAGGGAACCCAGUGGGCUCAGCAGACCUGCCCCCCCAAACAGCUGAGACAGGGUCUCUUCGAUGAUAAUGGGCGUGGCGAUAGUCAAAUGAGUGAAGGGUUGAGAAUCAGGUUACAGGCGGCUAGGAGGAGGAGUUUGGUUUGGAAACCGAAGGUUGGUAGUCCUCUUGGGCGGCCGGGAAUGAAGUUGUAAGAGUUGUUCUCUUAUUAUUAUGGGGAGCAGCUAGAGUUGUGUAAAUUUUUAUUCUCUUGGAAUCUUGGGAUUAUUAUUUUUGGGGUUGUUUAUUCGUUGUCUCAGUGUUUUCAGAGCCAGGACCUUUUUGCGUUGGACUCUAACCGUGCCUAAUUGCGACUUACUAUCAUUAGUGAUCGCGCCCCAGUGUAACUGUAAUAUCACUGCAACUGUAAUAUUUUCAAUUAUCAUCAUUCUUCAUCUUCAAAUAUUCAUUAAUCAUUACCAUCAUGCUUAAAUCAUUUAAAUGCACUGAAGCUCAGCAUCAAAAUGCCAUUGACAUAUUAAGACCAAAUUCAAAAUUAAAAAUCAUCAAGAUAGUAUAUGAAUUUCAAGUUGUAUAUAUAAUUUUCAUUGAAUGAGUGAAAGAAAAUAAAUCAAGAAUUAUAAGAGUUUCACUGAAUUGAAUAUUAAAUAACAGUUUUCAGAAGAAAACUCUUUGCCCCGAUGGC